AUGGGCCUACCCGAGCCACCUCAUCCUCCCGCAACGAACCUGGGAAACCGAACGUUUACACUGGCUGAAUACCAACAAGAGAUGCUCGAGAACCUGGGCUAUGGAUUAGGAUGGAUGGAGACAAGACAUCGAGGGCACCGAUUAGUGCAGCAUUCAGGCGGAUACCUCAGCUACAUGUCGCUAUAUUCUAUCUUUCCGGAUCAGGAUAUCAGCAUUUUCACCACUUCCGCUGGACCCUACAUUGGCAUUACUUCGGAAAUGAACACCAGGUUGCAUUAUCGACUGUUUGACUAUUUCAUGCAACUCGCUCCUCUGAAUCCAGCGGACAGUGUUUGUGCUCAGGUCUUCAAUAGCAGCAUUCCCAAAGCGCCAUCUGUAUCAAAUCCUGCUACUGUGGUAACUGUCGAUAACAAAUAUUACAUUGGUGAGUACUACCAUCCGGUGCACGGCAUCCUGAAGAUCGAAGACGGUAGUCCAAUGAAGGCCUUCAUGGGUCGCGAGGGCAACGCCACGAUUGAAUGCACAACAUCGGUGUCCCAGUGUUUGCUGCGGUUUCACGGGAUUACGUGGUGGGUGUCGGGAUCAGAUGGUUAUGGAACACCAGACUUAUUAGGGAUCGGCUUCGAUUUCGCUCCGGAUGGUUUUGUCAACCAAGUUACGGUCCCUAUGUACUGCUUGGCAGAUCCGCCACUUUUCGAGAGAGUGUCGAAAAACAGAACCUAA